AUGGGCCUGCGAGGGCCCGGGCCGCCUUCCGCCGCCGCCACGGAGCUGAGGGCCGAGCGAGGCCGCCGGCCGGCGAGCGACGAGCGGCGGCGAGGGGCGGGACACGCGCGGCGCGCCGCGGGCCGGCGCCGGGCCGCGAGGCACGCCGGCCUUGCGCUUGCACGUCGGCCGCGGCGCCCGACGCAGGCGCGGCUCCGGGCGGCCUGGAAAACCCGGGAUGGAGCAGAGAGGCCGCGGAGCCGACGCGCGGCACAGCGGCGCGCAGUGCCGCGCGUGGGGCGAGGGCGGGAGCGGGGCUGGGGUCAAGGUCGGCGCGGGCAAGCGGCGGGGGCCCGCACGCGCCUCACCCGGCCCAGCGCUUUGCAGCUGCUGUCACGCGUGCACACUCAGGCUUGGUCGGAGCCUGCCGCGUGCUGGCAGCUGAAAUCCAGGCGUUUCCACGGUUGCAGUGGCUGUGAGACCCCAGCAGUAUGCACCACGUGCAGGGAACCCAAGCCAGAAGGUAUGAAGAGGGUGAGCUUGUCCCAUUGCACUGAUGUGUCUCAAGGAUGUCCCUACUAUGUAGACAUAAAGCUCAUUGAUGAAAAGAUGGACAAUGCCUGGCAAGUGGAAAUGGGGCUGUGUCCAUGCCGGACACAAGUGCGGGAAGAGAGCAUGACCACAGGACCUCUGCUUGACCUUGAGCUGUAUGUCUGACUCACUCCCAGUGAUGGACACUCAGCACGAAGCUGCCUCAGGAAAUCAGGCCACUCCAUCCAUCUGACUGGGCUGCCAGGCGCCACUUUCAUCUCUGUCCUUGACUGGGGGUAGCCUGUCCAUCUCGACAAGAUAGAAACAGCACUUUGAAUUGCAUGGAAAAAAUGUACUCUACAGAGAGGAGACAAAUACUCUUCUUUUGGCCAAGCUUUUAGAGGAAAUAUAAGGUAUGUUCAUUAAAAUAUGUCCCUGCUGAUAAUCAGCACUGGAAAUUCAAAAGGUGUUACCUUGAAUAAAUGUUAUUUUUCACAUUUCU